CUUCGUCAGGUGAAGUAUCACAACGCGGAAGGUUAUGAAGUGGACCGCUAUCGAGAGGCCAUCCUCAAAUAUCAGCAUUUGGAGUGGAAGUCAACGGCUUCACUGGUUUUACUAAAUCAGACCCAGAACCUGGUGAUUGGACUUGGGCUCCUUGCUGGCUCCCUGCUUUGUGCGUACUUUGUCAGUGAGCAGAAGCUACAGGUCGGGGACUUCGUGCUCUUUGGCACCUACAUCAUCCAGCUGUACAUGCCUCUCAACUGGUUUGGCACCUACUACAGGAUGAUCCAGACAAACUUCAUCGACAUGGAGAACAUGUUCGACCUGCUGAAAGAGAAGCCGGAAGUGAAGGACCUCCCUGGAGCAGGGCCCCUGCGCUUCCAGAGGGGCCAGAUUGAGUUUGAGAAUGUGCACUUCAGCUAUACCAGUGGGCGAGAAACGCUGCAGGAUGUGUCCUUCACCGUCAUGCCCGGACAGACCCUGGCCCUGGUGGGCCCAUCUGGAGCAGGGAAGAGCACAGUGUUGCGCUUGCUGUUUCGCUUCUAUGACAUCAGCUCUGGCUGCAUCCGAAUAGAUGGGCAGGACAUCUCACAGGUGACCCAGAUCUCCCUCCGGUCUCACAUUGGAGUCGUGCCCCAGGACACCGUCCUCUUCAAUGACACCAUCGCUAACAACAUCCGCUAUGGCCGUCUGACAGCCGGGGAUGAGGAGGUGGUAGCUGCCGCCCAGGCUGCGGGCAUCCAUGAGGCCAUCCUGACUUUCCCUGAAGGAUACGAGACGCAGGUGGGCGAGCGGGGACUCAAGCUGAGUGGUGGGGAGAAGCAGCGUGUGGCCAUUGCUCGCGCCAUUCUCAAGGCUCCAGACAUCAUUCUGCUGGAUGAGGCAACAUCAGCGCUGGAUACAUCUAACGAGAGGGCCAUCCAGGCUUCUCUGGCCAAAGUCUGCGCCAACCGCACCACCAUCGUCGUAGCGCACAGGCUCUCGACUGUGGUCAACGCUGACCAGAUCCUCGUCUUUAAGGAUGGCUGCAUUGUAGAGAGAGGACGGCACGAGGUUCUGCUGUCCCGAGGCAGCAUGUAUGCAGACAUGUGGCAGCUGCAGCAGCGGGGACAGGAAGAAGUCUCUGAGGACACCAAACCCCUGGGCUGAGACCGGUGACAAAGCUGCGGCCACGUCCCUCCCAAAGGAGAACUCAGAGGGGAGUAAGAUGUGUCCCUUUGUCCAGCACGUUUCAUCCCGGUGUUGGGGUAUGGUGCUAGCUAUAGUUGGGGAAAAGAACCUUCCGGAAAAGCACUUUUUGGGGAAAUAAAAGUGUGGACUAUGCUAGGA